AUGCAACGGGAUGCCGCCCCCGAAGUUCCUGCUGGCUAUGUCGGCACGAGAAGAUACCGCGAAAGUGACGCAGAGAAAGAGUUUCGCAUCCAGAGAGGUUUCCCAGAAUUCGAAAAAGACAUGCCUUCCCUAGGCGACAGGUUCAAGUUCUCAUUCAAGGACAAUUUGACGUCCUACCUUGGGUCGAGGAACCCCUUCUAUGCGCCCGUGGACCCGCAACAGGACUACGUCUGGCUCCUCGACAACACCGCCUACCAGAACAGAUUGGGGAGAUGGAAAGCAGAGUAUGUCGCUUGCUAUUUCGUCAAGAACAGCGGAAAAGAACUUUCCGAAGUCGUAGGUUGGAUAUCUGACAAGGUGGGCCUGGCCAAGGACGAGCAGGCUGAGGCCACCAUCGAGAAGAGGGUACAACCGUUGCUGGACCAGAUCUUGCCUGCGCAUUCUGUCACAGUCGAUCUUCAGGGGAUGCAGGUUCGUUUAGGACCGAGCGGGCGCGAUGGAAUCAGUACGGAUGAGCUUGCCAUUCCUGGCCAUGAUUACAAUGACGGACAAAUCAUCACCUCGAAGGCUGUCAAUGCCGAUGCCACUCCCAUCAACACUACGUUCGCCACCGCAAAGGGUUGGGCGAUUAUCAGUGACGUCGACGACACAAUCAAGAAGACUCAAACUAAUUCGCCCGUUGGUAUCUUGAAGACAACGUUUGUGGAUGACCCAGAGCCCAUCAGAGGCAUGCCCGAGCUAUACAAACAUCUUAUGCAGAAACUUGAUACUCCACCCGUGUGGUACUUGUCCGCUUCGCCUUACAAUCUCUACCCAUUCUUACGCCAAUUUCGCGAGACGUAUUAUCCCUCCGGUACCCUCAUCCUCCGCGAUGCCUCAUGGAUGAAUCUUGCUGGCUUCCUUGCGAAUCUCACCCAAGGCACUGAGGCCUACAAAGUCGAUAGAAUGGAGAAGAUCUACGAGUGGUUCCCAAAGCGCAAAUUCAUCUGCAUCGGUGACAGCACCCAGAGCGACCCUGAAGCCUACGGCGACAUGUACCGCAAGCAUAGCAAGUGGAUUGGUGCCAUCUAUAUUCGCAAGGUGAUGGAAGUUGCGGAGACUAACGAGAACGAGAAGAACAAGCCGGAAAGGUUCGAGAAGGCGUUCAAGGAUAUACCAAUGAAUGUAUGGCACGUUUUCGAGGAUCCGAGUGAGCUGUAUGCGAAGGUGGAUGCUCUCGUUGCGGCCACGAAGUGA